UGGAAACAUCACUUUAUACUACAGUGUUGAACAAGAUACAAACAAAAUAUUGAAAUUCUUGUUCUCAUCGUGGGUUAUUGUUUAGAUGUGUCUAGAAAGCGACCUGAAUCUUGCUUGCAACUCAAUGCAGUCGAUCAGAUCAGUCCAAGCUUUCAUAGUUGAGGUUUUCAGUUUCCAUAAUCCACUCACCCAUUAACAAAAAAGAUUUAUCCACCACACUUUAGCUAGCUACCACACUUUUAACUCAAGUUUUCUAAAAUUGUUGGAAAGAUUGUCUAGUUGUUGAACCAAAAUUAAGCCUCCAAAGUAUAUUUCUACAGCAGAGUUGCUCAUACGGCUUGAACAUUUGCUGAAAGUGUGCUGGAGUUAAGGUACUGCAGACCGGAGAAGGAUGAGGAAGAUUGUUCAUGAGACUUGAGUAUGCGUUGAAUGUGCCGAAAAUACUGUGUUGGAAAGAUCAGCAGAGUUUCAAUGAACGCUUGAACAUUUGCUGAAAGUGCUGGAGAUAAGAUGGCGAGUUUUCUAACUGAUUUGGCGAAGACCUAUGUGGAGAAAUUGAUAAAUGGGGUGAUCGCAGAGUCAAGUUAUAUAUGUUGCUUCACGUGCAUUGCUAAUGAUUUUGAAGAAGAAAGAUCUAGAUUGGAAACAGAAAACACAACUGUCAAGCAACGUGUUGAUGUGGCAACCAGUAGAGGAGAAGUUAUUCAAGCUAAUGCUCUUUUUUGGGAAAAAGAAGCUGAUGAGCUCAUUCAAGAAGACACCAAAACAAAACAAAAAUGUCUUUUUGGAUUUUGUCCUCAUAUCAUAUGGCGAUAUAAAAAGGGAAAGGAACUGACAAAUAAGAAGGAGCAAAUUAAAAGAUUGAUUGAAAAUGGAAAGGAUCUUGUAAUUGGACUCCCUGCUCCUCUUCCAGAUGUUGAACGUUAUUCAUCCAGAGACUAUAUUUCUUUUGAAAGUAGAAAAUCCAAAUACAAAGAGCUUUUUGAUGCUCUGAAAGAUGACAACAGUUAUAUAACCGGGUUGCAAGGGAUGGGGGGCACAGGAAAAACUACAUUGGCCAAAAAAGUGGGGAAGGAACUUAAGCAAUGCAAACAAUUUACUAACGUCAUCGAUACAACAGUGUCAUUGUCUCCUGAUAUCAGAAAGAUUCAAGAUGAUAUCGCUGGACCCUUGGGAUUGAAAUUUGACGACUGUAGUGAAUCAGACCGACCCAAAAAACUAUGGAGCAGAUUAACCAAUGAAGGUAAGAUUGAUCAGAACGAGGAAAAGAAGAUUCUUCUAAUAUUUGAUGAUGUGUGGGAUGAUAUCGAUUUUGAUAAAAUAGGGAUUCCUGACAAUCACAAAGACUGUAGAAUUCUUGUAACCACACGCAGUCUCUCUGUCUGCCACAGAUUAGGAUGCAAUAAGAAAAUCCAACUGGAGGUCUUAUCUGAUGAAGAAGCAUGGACCAUGUUCCAAACGCAUGCUGGUCUAAAAGAAAUGUCACCUACAAGUUUGCUCGACAAGGGCCGUAAAAUUGCAAAUGAAUGCAAAGGAUUACCAGUUGCAAUUGCUGUUAUCGCCAGUAGUUUGAAGGGCAUACAAAAUCCGAAAGUGUGGGAUGGGGCCUUAAAAUCCUUGCAGAAACCCAUGCCCGGUGAUGAGGAAGUUGUUAAAAUUUAUAAAUGCUUGGAUGUUAGCUAUGAUAAUAUGAAGAAUGAGAAUGCCAUGAGACUAUUCCUCUUGUGUUCUGUAUUUCGAGAAGAUGAAAAAAUUUCUAUCGAAAGGUUAACCAGACUUGGCAUCGGAGGAGGCCUUUUUGGGGACGAUUUUGACAGCUAUGAUGAUGCUCGAAACCAAGUUGUUAUAUCCACAACUAAACUCGUAGAAUUUUCUUUAUUGUUGGAGGCCGAUCGAGAUCAAAGCAUCCUGAUAAUGCAUGACUUGGUUCGUGAUGCAGCCCAAUGGACGAGCAGAGAGUUUCAAAGAGUAAAGUUAUAUCAUAAAUAUCAAAAAGCAAGUGUUGAAAAGAAGAUGAAUAUUAAAUAUUUGUUAUGUGAAGGCAAGCCUAAGGAUGUGUUUUCAUUUAAGCUUGAUGGUUCCAAGCUUGAGAUUCUAAUUGUCAUUAUGCAUAAGGAUGAAGAUUGUCAGAAUGUGAAAAUCGAAGUCCCGAACUCAUUUUUUGAAAAUAUUACGGGCCUUCGAGUUUUUCAUCUAAUAUAUGACCAGUAUCCUACUAUACCUCUAUCAUUACCUCACUCAGUUCAAUCGAUGAAAAAUAUUCGAUCUCUUCUCUUUGAGCGUGUCAAUUUGGGUGACAUCUCUAUUUUGGGAAACCUGCAAAGCCUUGAGACUCUUGAUUUGGAUGAUUGUAAAAUUGAUGAAUUGCCUCAUGGAAUUGCAAAACUAGAGAAAUUUCGAUUGUUGAAAUUGGAAAGUUGUGAAAUUGCAAGGAAUAAUCCUUUUGAAGUGAUUGAAGGAUGCUCAUCACUUGAAGAGUUGUAUUUCACAGAUAGCUUUAAUGAUUGUUGCAAAGAAAUAACUUUCCCUAAACUACGAAGGUUUAAUAUUGAUGAAUAUUCGAGUUCAGAGGACGAAUCAUCAUCAAAGUGUGUGUCUAUUGUAUUCGAAGAUAAGUUUUUCCUAACUGAAACAACACUCAAGUAUUGCAUGCAAGAAGCAGAGGUUCUUAGACUAAGAAGAAUCGAGGGGGAAUGGAAAAACAUCAUACCUGAGAUUGUUCCCAUGGAUCAAGGUAUGAAUGAUAUAGUUGAGCUUCGUUUGGGAUCCAUUUCACAAUUACAGUGCCUCAUUGAUACUAAGCACACUGAAUCUCAAGUGUCAAAAGUCUUCUCCAAGUUGGUUGUACUAAAACUUUGGAACCAACAUAAUUUGGAAGAAUUGUUCAAUGGUCCUCUUUCCUUUGACUCUCUGAACUUUUUAGAGAAGUUGUCCAUCCAAGAUUGUAAACAUUUGAAAAGCUUAUUUAAGUGCAAACUAAACCUAUUCAAUCUAAAGAGAUUGUCAUUGAAAGGAUGCCCGAUGUUGAUCUCCCUAUUUCAACUGUCAACUGUUGUUAGCCUAGUGUUGUUGGAGAGAUUGAAAAUAAAGGAUUGUGAGGGUCUUGAAAACAUAAUAAUAGGUGAAAGAAAAGGGAAGGAAUCAAGAGGUGAAAUUAUUAAUGAUAAUGAAAGCACAAGUCAAGGCUCAAUAUUUCAGAAACUGGAGGUUCUUAGUAUUGAGAAAUGUCCGGCACUUGAAUUUGUACUUCCGUUUCUCUAUGCUCAUGAUUUUCCAGCACUAGAAUCCAUCACAAUUGAAAGUUGUGAUAAUCUGAAAUACAUAUUUGGCAAAGAUGUCCAGCUUGGUUCCCUCAAAACAAUGGAGCUUCAUGACAUACCAAAUUUCAUCGACAUUUUCCCAAAAUGUAAUCGUACCAUGACUUCAUCCAUUAAGAGGUCAUCUUCCAUUUCUGGAGAUGCUUCCAAGCCACAAGAACAAUCAGAGCCAAUCAAAUGCAAUAUGUUUUCAUGGACUGAUAUAUAUUGUUGUGGUAAAAUAUAUGGGCACAGAUUAAGGAGUACCACAUUGGUUUCUAAGGAUCAACCGCAGGACAAUUUAAUGAAAUCAACAUUUCCACCUUUGAAAGAACUUGAACUCAAUAACUGCGGGGACGGUAAAAUCAUCAAGGAAUUGAGUGGGAAUGUGGAUAAUUUUCUCGCUUUGGAGAGACUCAUGGUAACGAAUAACUCCAAAGUAGAAAGUAUCUUUUGUCUGAAUGAAAUAAAUGAACAGCAAAUGAACUUAGCUUUGGAAGACAUUGAUUUGGAUGUUCUGCCUAUGAUGACAUGCCUUUUUGUGGGUCCCAACAAUUCGUUCUCCCUCCAAAACCUUACAAGAAUAAAAAUCAAGGGAUGUGAAAAGUUGAAAAUUGUUUUCACCACUUCUGUAAUAAGGUGUCUACCACAGUUGUAUUAUAUGAGAAUUGAAGAGUGCAAUGAGUUGAAGCAUAUUAUUGAAGAUGAUUUGGAGAAUACAACAAAGACAUGCUUCCCAAAUCUAAAAAGAAUUGUUGUAAUAAAGUGCAACAAGUUGAAAUAUGUCUUUUCAAUUUCCAUAUAUAAAGACCUUCCUGCGCUAUAUCAUAUGAGAAUUGAAGAAUGCAAUGAGUUGAGGCAUAUUAUUGAAGAUGAUUUGGAGAAUAAAAAAUCCUCAAAUUUUAUGUCCACAACAAAGACAUGCUUCCCAAAGCUAAGAAUACUUGUUGUGGAAAAGUGCAACAAGUUGAAAUAUGUGUUUCCAAUCUCCAUAUCUAAAGAGCUUCCUGAGCUAAAGGUUCUGAUCAUAAGAGAAGCAGAUGAGUUAGAGGAAAUAUUUGUAAGUGAAUUUGAUGAUCACAAAGUGGAGAUUCCAAAUCUAAAACUUGUAAUAUUUGAAAAUCUACCAAGCCUCUAUCAUGCUCAGGGAAUUCAAUUUCAAGUUGUAAAACAUCGUUUCAUACUGAAUUGUCAAAAACUAUCUCUGGCUUCAGAGUCAACACCAGACUUCGAAAAUGAUAUUUCUGCUUCAGAUUUUGGCUACGAUUUUGAAUUGUUUGACUAUUGGAAGACUCUGUUUCAACAAUUACAAAGAGAGACCAAAGGCCACGAUAGUGGUAAUGAAAAUCCUAGUCCACAAACCACGAAAGAUUUUGUGGUUGGGAUUGAAGUUCAAACAGCAUCGGAACACAAGUUGACUUCUCCACAGAUAAAAAUGAAAGAAACACCACAGACGGAGAAUGAACUUAUUGAAAAUGCUCCUGAUUUAGAAAUACCAACAAACUUAAAAGAGUUGAUGAAUGAACGAUCAAUGGACCAACAACGUUCACUUGGAGAAACUGAUACUGCCGUCAAACCUUCUCAGGGUAUCGAAAUAAGUGCUGAAGAAGGAACCACGUCAGCUAAUGCCAAGACAAUAACAACAUCAUUAGGUCCAUUAUCUACUUCUAAGCAUAAAACAUCUUCACAGGAAUAUGGUGGCGGCGAAAUGGCCAUAUCUUCUCCAAUUUCCAUAACAAGGCCUCUUACCACUCAAGAAGUUCAUGUUAAUAACUUGCAGGAAACUAGUAACACUAAUGAUGAUCAAGUUUCUCUAAAUGAGGAUGCUGUCGUAAAAGUAACCUCAAUUGUUGAGGAACAAUUUUCUAAGGAUGUUGAAUUUGAAGUUCUAGAAUCGAAGCCUGCCCUUAUCAUUCCUUCGCCUCAAGCAUUUCAAUCUCCUUCGAUGCUAUCCGGAGGGGACCCUUCUCAACUAGAUGAAGAAUUAGAAGAUCUUGAACCCCGGGGUUUGCAUAUUUUACGCAUUGAAGAAAUGGAACAAACACUAGAGACAAAGCAUGAAUUUGUUGAAAAUGUUCCUCAACAAGAGAUGCCAUCAGUAGCAAUAAUACCAACAAAUUCAAAAGAGUUGAUGAAUGAACAAGAAAUGGAGCAAAAACGUCUACGUGGAGAAAUUGAUGCUACCGUCAAACCUUCUCAAGAAAAUAAUGUUAGCGAAAUAAGUGUUGAAGAAGGAACUACAUCAGCUAAUGCCAAGACAAAAACAUCUUCACAGGAAGAAGGUGACAACCAAAGAGCAAUAGCUUAUACUCCAAUUGACAUAACAAAGCCUGUAACCACUCAAGAUGUUGAUGUUGAAAUCUGGCAGGAAACUAGUAACACUAAUGAUGAUCAAGUUUCUCUAAAUGAUGAUAAUGUCAUGAAAGCAAGCUCAAAUACUGAGGAUCAGUUUUCAAAGGAUGAUAACAUAUUAGUUUCCAAAUCAAGACCCUCUUCUAUUGCAUCUCAGUUUCCUUCAAAGCCUUCUGAAGGGGACCCUUCUCAAAUAGAUGAAGAUUUAAGUUCUUCUUUUGUUGUCACCGGGGAGCUUGAGAAUCUAGUCUCCAAUAAUCAUUUGGCUAUUGAGAAAUUGUCUUUGUUGACUGACUUCCUUGUUAAGCAUCCUUCAGUUCUUCUAAGGGACACUUCAUUGAGUAGCAGAUACAAGGGUUAUGCCUACAACAGCCUAGCAGAGCUAUUGAAAUUCCUUCAAACUCAUAGUGUGUUGGAUGUGUUAGGUUCAAGCAACUCUGAAUUUGUUGAGUUAUUACAAGAUGUGCGUAGAUUUCCGUUUGAUAAGGAGUGGUUGGAUGAUGUUGAAAUGCGCGCUUUGUUUCCUGAUUUACAAUUCUCUCAAAAUGCAUUGCAAAAACUAUUGGAUUCCGAGCAGCGUGUCACGAAAGAAGUUGAAGAGAUGCGUUUAAAGAUAAACAUUUUUAAUCAACAUCUUGAAGAUCUUAAGCAUCAAUUGACAUCCUCUGAAGCUGAUUUGGAGACUAUCAUUCAACAGAAAGCAAAAAUUUUAGAAACUAAGGCUGCUUUAAGUGCCCCUCUCGGCUAUUAAACUAUCGUUUGUUCUUGGAUUGGAGCUUUUUAUCAUUAAAUAUUGUUUAUUUCUUUGCUAUUUUCUGCUUUUCUCAUUUGAAAUGAGCUACUAUGCGUAUUUUUAAAUUGUUAUCGAUUAUUAUUGUUGUAUCAAACAAAGGAAACACCAAAUUAAGAAUAUUGGAAUCGCAUAAUGUUGAAGUGGAGCUAUGAUUCUUAAUUACAACAACCAUUAAUAUACUUACAACAA